AUGUCUUUAUCUAGAGAAGAAAAUAUUUACAUGGGUAAGAUUUCGGAACAAACCGAAAGAUUCGAAGAUAUGUUAGAAUACAUGAAGAAGGUUGUUCAAACUGGUUAGGAAUUAUCCGUUGAAGAAAGAAACCUUCUCUCUGUUGCUUACAAGAACACCGUUGGUUCUCGUAGAUCUGCCUGGAGAAGUAUCUCUGCCAUCCAACAAAAGGAAGAAUCCAAGGGAUCUAAGCACCUCGACCUCCUCACCAACUAUAAGAAGAAGAUCGAAACUGAACUUAACCUUUACUGCGAAGAUAUCCUCAGACUCCUCAACGAUUACCUCAUCAAGAAUGCCACCAACGCUGAAGCUCAAGUUUUCUUCUUGAAGAUGAAGGGUGAUUACUACAGAUAUAUUGCUGAAUACGCCUAAGGUGACGACCACAAGAAGGCUGCCGAUGGUGCCUUGGACUCCUACAAUAAGGCUUCUGAAAUCGCCAACUCUGAAUUGAGCACCACUCACCCCAUCAGAUUAGGUUUGGCUCUUAACUUCUCCGUUUUCCACUACGAAGUCUUGAAUGACCCCUCCAAAGCCUGCACCUUGGCUAAGACUGCUUUCGAUGAAGCUAUUGGUGAUAUCGAAAGAAUCUAAGAAGACUAAUAUAAGGAUGCCACCACCAUUAUGCAAUUAAUUAGAGAUAACCUCACCCUCUGGACUUCUGAAUUCCAAGACGAUGCUGAAGAAUAAUAAGAAUGA